AUGGUCCAGACACCGGAGCAGCGGCGACGCAACCUCAAGUUUGCCCGGUCGCAGGACGCGAGGCGUGGCAAGUCCGAGGCCGACAUCAAGAAGCGCAGCAAGGAGGUGCAGAAGUCGCCGGUCUCGCCGAUAUGGCUGGGCGUCCUGGGCUUUGUCGUUUUCGGCGGUCUAGUCUUUGAGCUCAUAUCGCGCUUCCUCAUGUAG